AUGUACUCUCGUUUGAUCGUAUCCCUUCUCCUCGGGAGUGUAGGCUUUUCAUCUUCGUCUCCUGUUCUUGAGAAUAUUCAUGCUGGAGCCAUUACUGGCACAAAAUAUAUAAUAUCAUUCGGAGAUUCCUACACACAAUCCGGGUUCGACAUUAACGGAGCAAAACCCUCGGCAUUAAACCCAUUUGGUAACCCAGAGUUCCCCGGCUGGACAACCUCAGGAGGCAUUAAUUGGCUCGGCCACCUCUGCCGUACUUAUAACACCAGUCUAACGCUAGCAUUCAAUUUCGCGGCCGGCGGAGCAACCGUAGACGCCAACCUUGUCAGCUCCAUAACCACGAUAUCCCUCGUCGAGCAAGUCUCCCAAUUUACGUCCUCCUUAAGCAGCAAGCCCUCCUAUGCUCCUUGGACAUCGGAUAAUACGCUGUUCGCGGUAUGGAUGGGUGUAAAUGAUGUUGGGAAUACCUUUGGGGGGAACUCAAAUGCAACGGAGACAGCGCUUUUGAAUAAGAUUGUUGCCCAAUAUCAAGCUAUGGCACAGAAGAUGUAUGAUUCGGGAGGCAGGAACUUUGCUUUUUUGACGGUACCCCCGAUUCAAAAAUCUCCCACAAUGCUCUCACAAUCCGCAUCCUCGCGCGCCACUGAAGCAGAUGUCAUAGCUGCGUUCAACUCCCUCAUCGCCAAGAUGACGGCCUCGUUCCUAGCCUCUCACACAGAGGCGAAGGCUGUAGUGGUUGAUACAGUGGCGGUAUUUGACAAGUUGCUUGCCAAUCCGACGAUUUAUGGGGCCGGCCAGAAUGGUGCUACUUGCUAUAACAGUGAUGGAAAGAGCUGUCUUUGGUGGAAUGAUUAUCAUCCAGGUUUAGCCAUUCAUAAGGCAGUUGCGGAGGCAGUGGCCGGUGGAUUUAAAGGACGUUUCUUUUAG